AUCGUGGGGCCGGAUUGACCAAUUUUGGGGCCGGGUUGACCAAUUUUGAGGCCGGGUUGACUUGGGGCCGGGUUGACUUGUACCGCAUUUAAACCAGUCCAAAUAAUCAGCCAUUGAGGCGCUUGUUAAGCGUUUUACAAGAGGCGCUUGUCAAGCGUUUUACAACAUAGAUUUGAAAAUGGCGGCGCCCGCUAACUAAGGAUUUUUUCGCAGCUCAUUAGGUUUGGGAUAUAUAUUUUUUUGAAUUUUUCAUUAACUUUUAAUUUGAUUUCUUUUGAAUUGAUACGCGUCAUACAUGUUAUCUAAGAGCGCUACAGCCCUCGCGGGGCCUUUGGCCCCGCACGGACUUUCCGCAUAUAAACCAUACCAACUUGUCAGACAAAAGUCAGGGACUGGAAGUAACAAUAUAGUCACUAAAUUUAUUGUACGGAGAAUUCCAAUCGUCCGAGACAAACAUUCAAAGUUACUGUCUCUUGGAAGCACCUCCCUAAAGUUUAAACUAUUUCUAAACAAAAAACCUCUAUCUGGAUACAGAAUAAUAAAUUUAGAGAACUUAAAAGACCAUGUCGCAGUUAUAUCGACCCAUAGUUGCAUAUGUGAAAAAGCAAGAGCAUUGGCUGCAAAUGGCAAACCCCCAAUCAUUCUUAGAUCUGAGAAAUGUAAAAGUGGAUUAUUUAGUAUCCUACUAGCUAUUUGUGAAGGCUGUAAACAAGAAUUCUGCUUAAAUACAAGCCAAAAACAAGGAAACGGUCAAUAUGAUAUAAAUGUAAGGGCAGUAUGGGGAACUAUGGCUAGUGGUGGUGGAGCAACUGACAUACGGGAACAACUUUCAACAAUGAACAUACCCCAGUUGACUUCAAAUAUGUUUUCUUCUCUGGAAGAUCAAAUUGGAAAAUGGUGGGAGGAUGCUUUAAAGGAAGAAAUGGGAAAGGCCGGAGCUGAGGAGAGGAGAAUAGCUAUUGAGAAAGGUAAUUUUCAUGAUGGUAUUCCAGCUAUCACUGUUAUAUGUGAUGGUGGGUGGUCAAAGCGGACAUACAAACACACAUACAAUGCUUAUGGUGGAGUUGGUGUCAUUUUUGGAGCUGAAACCAAAAAAUUGCUUUAUAUUGGUGUAAGAAAUAAGCACUGUGUUAUUUGCAAGCAGGCCAAAAAUAAGACAGUUGAACCUAAAUCACACAAUUGUUAUAAAAAUUGGAGUGAAAGCUCUCAGGCAAUGGAAGCUGACAUUAUUUUAAAUGGUUUCUUGCAAGCAGAAACAUCUCAUGGAGUAAGGUACACAAAAAUAAUUGCUGAUGGAGACAGCUCUGUGUUCCCACAACUGCAGGAAAAAGUGCCAGUUUGGGGAACAUCAAUUGAAAAACUUGAGUGUGCUAAUCAUACUUGCAAAUGUUUGCGGUCAAAUCUAGAAAAGCUUGUUAUUGAAAAACCCCAUUAUAAAGGCAAAGGGAAAUUAACAAAAAUUAACAGAUUAAGAUUAACAACAGCCGUAAGAUGUGCUAUACGCAUGAGGUCCAAAGAUCAAAAUGUAAAGCAACUGAGAAAAGAUAUCAUUAAUUCAGUUUACCAUGUCCUUGGUUUUCAUGACCGAUGCAGUGACUUUUGCAAAAAAAAAGUAAAACAUACAAUGGAUAAUGAUGGUGAUGAUAAUGAUAAUGAAUUGAACUUUGACAAUGAAUCAUUUGAUGACAUUUUUGAAAGCCAGUAUGAGUACUGGAAGUUACCAUCUGAAAAAGAAAUGGAAAGUUCAAGACAUGCAUCAAAAAAUAAAUGUCAAAAAUCCGAACUGAAAGAACUGGUUAAAGAUGUUCAAUUUUUUUUAAACAGAAUAGCAGAUAAAAGUCAUAGACUUAUAGGAAAUUUCACCAUAAAUUUAUGUGAAAGUUGGAUGGCUAUUAGAGCAAAGUUUGAUGGGGGAAAAGUAAUAAAUAGAUGUUCCCGUGGUUCUUGGAAUGCACGAUGCUACGGGGGUGCGUUGAGGAAAAAUAUAGGAGUUGAAUGGUCACCCAUCACUUUCAACCAUGUAACUAAGGAACCUGCUGGAGUUUUUUUUUUAAGCGGUGUUAGACGACAAGCACAACUUUUGAAUGCUUCAUCUAAAUACAAGGCAAAACCUGAUAGUAAAAAUGUAAGAAGAAAAAGAAAACUAGAAGACAUAGCAGUGAACAAUUCAAAGAAAGCUAAACUUCAUUAUGGAAGUAAUUUAGACGAUUCACCAGAUGUUUCCCAGUCCAAAUUAAAAGAACUAUGUGAUAAUUUCUUAAAAAGUCAGGUUAAAAUUUCAGAUACAGACAUUUUAAAUAUUCAAAAUAAUACAAUUGAUCAGUCUUUAAGUGAUACAUGGAGAAAAGAAAGGAAUAUAAGAUUGACAAGUUCAAACUUUGGAAAAGUCAUGGCCAGAAGAUCAACAAACGUCUCCUCAGCUCUGGUAAAAAAUAUGCUGUACAGUAAAUUCCAAGGUAACAUACACACUAUUAGAGGUUUGACACAAGAGCAAAAUACAAUAAUUGAAUACAAAAACCAAAAGGGAAAUGUAGAAGUUAGUAAAACUGGAUUAAAAAUAUGUAAGAGUCAUCCAUAUUUAGCAGCAUCAACAGAUGGAAUUGUUCAAACCAAAAGUGACACUGGACUUUUAGAAAUUAAAAAUUUGCUACAGACAAAUUCAUACAUGAUAAAACAGGCCAUAGGGAAAGUACAAAAUUUUUGCCUUCAACAGUCAAACAACAAGGUACAACUAAAAAGAGAACAUGAGUAUUACUUUCAAAUUCAAGGCCAACUGAACAUAUUUGAAAUUGAAUGGUGUGAUUUUGUUAUAAGGAGGACCAACCCAUAUGAUUUAUAUAUUGAAAGGAUUAAAAGAGAUAAAAACUUAUGGACAUUGAAAAUGGUUCCAAAAUUAAAAUGUUUUUACAUGAAAUUUAUUCUUCCGGAAUUAUCACUUCCAAGAUAUGGAACAUACACUGGCAUUAGGCAACCUGAAAAACCAUGGGUAGGUUUAAUACCAGUAAGAUUCAUAAGAUGUUCCAAAUGUUUAAAAAAAAUAAAUAAAAAAAUUAAAUUGUCAUACUGUAAUAUUAAUUAAGGUAUUAGCACCCUAAUGCAUUACCUCCGCUUUGAAGAGUAUUCAAAUAGGCUAGAAUUACUGUUAACUACAUUGAAAAUGAGGGCCAUGGGUUCAAUCCCCAGAAGGUUCAACUUUUUUUUUUCUUUCUUUUUUUUCUUUUAACAUUAUUUAUGUAUCUCUCAUGUCCCAUAUGGAAAGAAAAAAGUGUUUAAUAUUGAAUUUUUAAUUUAUAUAGGUAUUUAUUGGCUAAAUUAUGCUAAAUCUAGUGAUAAAUAUGGUACCUGAUAUUUUCAAAGUGUAAUAUAAUCAAAACUAGACGGUAAAAGUAUUUAAUAUUUUACAAGAUCAACCAAUAUACUUUUUUAAAAAUUUAGGGAAACUUUGAAAACAGGCGCUCAUUUGGGUAAAUUUUAAGAUUUUUUUUAAUUAGGCUCCCUAAGUAGAAAAAUGGUAAGACAUGUGGUAAAAAUGGGUGGGGUAGGGUAACAUUUUUAUACAGAUUUCAUAAAUUUUAAGUAGGAACCAUAAUUUUGCUUAUGUGGAUUGUUAGCUGAAUGGUACUAUUUGUUUCUUACCAAAAAUUAAGGGGAAAACAUUUUUCAUUAGAAUGUUAUUGCAGAUUAUUUAAAGGUUCCUCAUUUCUAAAAAAGGGCCCUCAUAACAUCCUAGCUUGAGUUCAGAAAAGUGGACAUAACUUGAUUUCCGUACGGUAAACUUUGUUUA